AUGGGAAGUGUAUUCCUGCCUCAUUUAAGAAGUGGAUGGCAUGUAGAUCAAGCUAUAGUAACAGAAGAAGAACGCUUGGUAGUGAUUCGUUUUGGUUCAGACUCGGAUAAAAGCUGCAUGCUAAUGGAUGAAAUCCUAUAUUCAAUAGCAGAGAAGGUUGUAAACUUUGCCGCAAUAUAUUUAUGCGACAUAAAUGAAGUACCAGACUUUAAUGAAAUGUAUGAACUCUACGACCCCAUGACAGUAAUGUUUUUCUAUAAGAACAAGCACAUGAUGUGUGACUUUGGUACGGGGAAUAAUAAUAAGAUGAACUUUGUUAUAGAAGACAAGCAGGAAAUGAUAGAUAUUCUUGAAACAAUAUUUCGAGGAGCCAGGAAGAAUAAAGGUCUUGUUGUAUCACCCUAUGACUAUAAUCACAAGAGGAUUCAAUGA